AUGGAAUUUAGCAAAGAGGAAAUGGAAAAGAUGAUUGUUGCCUUUGAGAAGGCAGGAUUGAAACCUAAAGCUGAUACAGCGGAGGGUUUCAAAGACUGGAUCACUUCUGUCUCAGAACAGGAAGUUAUAAUUAAACAGGAAGUUGAUCUUGGAGCUAGUGCUUCAGUGGAUGAUGUUGCUCCGACUAAUAGUACUACACAACAGAAGACUGUCAGUACUCACGCAUAUCACAGCUUCCCUAAACUUACAGUAUUUAGUGGGGAGCCAGGCAAGGAUAGUGAAUAUGACCUUUGGCGAUAUGAGGUCGACUGCUUGAUUGAGGCCAAAACACACAGCAAUGAGGUGAUUCUACAAGCCAUACGGAAAUCCCUCAAGGGUGAAGCUGCUCUUUCAGCAAUGAAGCUUGGUCACAAAGCUUCAAUUAUAGACAACCUAUCCAAGUUGAAGAGUGCUUUUGGGACACUUCGAAGAAUUUCUGUACUCAUGUCCGAGUUUUACAGUGCCACUCAAAAGGAUGGUGAAGAUGUCACUGCUUGGAGCUGUCGUCUUGAGAGAUUACUCUACCAGUUGGUUUGUCAGAAGUCUAUAUCUCAUGCCGAGCAAGAUGAGAUGUUGAGGUCAAGGUUGUGGGAUGGCUUGAAUCCUUCUCUUAAGGAACUAGCAGGCUACAAAUAUGAGUCUCUCAAGAAUUUUGAUGACCUUCGUCUAUGCCUAAGAGAGUUGGAGUUGGACUUGCAUCGUGGGACUGUUCCUCAACAUAAAGGGAAGCAAGCUAUGGUGAAACAAGCGUCUUCUGAGAAGUCAACAGAGCCUGACCACUAUUCUGAACUUAAAGAUAUGUUGAAGCAAAUGAAGUCGGAGAUUACUGGCAUAAAGGAUCAUCAAACUCAAAUGACGACACAAAUCAAUCAGCUUCAGUCAGGGCAACCAGAUGUUAGGCCCAGAGGUCGUGGUAGAUCAGGAUAUCGAGGUGCUUAUGGUUCCACACAGGACACAUCAACGUCAGUGAAUCAGUCUGAGAGUGCCUCUGGAUCAGAUAUUCCUCCAUCUCAAGAGAGUAUACAGCAACGACCACUCCCUGUUUGUUGGAAUUGUGGUUAUCCUGGUCAUCUUUCAUAUGGUUGUCGUGUCCGACAGGAUCAUCGCCGGAGACCUUUAAACUCCAACAGGCCUAUGGGCAGGGGGCACUCCUAG